CGUUUAACCUUAAAGUUGUGUUUUAAAAAAAAAACAAUAAAUUUCAUUGAAUCACUUGAAAAUGUUAAUUAAAACUAGUCUCUGUUAUUUUGAUACCUAAUUUCUUGCUGAUAAAAGUAGACAAGUGGUCUGUCAUUCGCAUUUCAUCAGUGUUAGUCAAUCAUAAUGUGGACCUAACCUACAGAAAAGUUUAUUUUAUAUUAUUUUACGAUUAUAGUUUUUAUCUUAACGCUACGAAACAGUAAAACAAAAGUGUUAAAAAUGUUGUUAAGUGUUGUUCAACUUUCGGGGAAAUGUUUCCGAGGACUUAAUGUUGCAAAAGUGACGAGCGCGAGUUCAUAUAUUCAGGUUCAGAAAUACUCAAGAUUUACUAGUCGAAGACCUGUAGCAAUCGUCAACGAGGACGAACUUUUCGAGGACCACGAAGCUGCUUAUCCUAUUGAGAGAGAAAAUCCGAGAAAAGAUCAUGACAAAUUUUAUCAGAAUGAAAAAAGUUCGAACUAUAGUCACCGAAACUCCAACACCGAACACGAGAAAGUUGAUUAUUCUGGAAAGAAGCGAACCUAUCCAAAAAGGCGGAACAAUUUUAAGGAAAAUGAAAAAACCCAAAAGCUUAGUGUUGAAAACGCCAGUCCAGAGCUCGAGGAAGACACGGUUCCUUCGAUGAAAAUACCUAAAAAUAAAUCACAACCGAAAGUUGAUACUUCGACCAAAAAUACCUACACAAAAUUAUACGAAAAUGAAAAACUUUUAUCAAAUUUAAUGCUGGAAAUCAAGUCCAGAAGAAAGAGGAAAAGUUACGAUAGGGUUCUUUUGGAAGGAACUCGUCUUAUCACAGAUGCAAUUCAGGCUGGAGAAAUUCCAGAAAUUAUUAUUUUCAGCAAUGCUGAUGAGAUGAAAAAAUUACCUUUGCCCGAAAAGGAUGUAAAAUUAUAUAAAGUACCUUACCGGACGAUUCAACUUUGGUCGAGUCUCACAACGACUCCAGGAAUAAUGGGUGUUUUUAAAACUCCAAAUAUUGAAAACUACGAGUCUCCGAAUUCACUGCCAAUCACUAUUAUAUGCGACAAAAUCAGAGAUCCCGGAAAUAUGGGAUCUAUUCUAAGAGCAGCAGCUGGAGUUGGUUGCGAAAAAAUCAUUUUGACGAAAGGCUGUGUCGAUCUCUGGGAAUCAAAAGUUCUGAGAAGCGCAGCAGGUGCCCAUUUUCGAUUGCCAAUUUUCAGUUACAAAGAAUGGAACGAAAUCAGGUCGUUAGUUAGCAAUGAUGCGAAAAUAGUUGUUGCUGAUAAUAAAGUCGUUGCAGAGGAAUCGCUUGUAGAUGAAAAUGAUUCCGAAGGAGUUGAAGAAGUUUCAAAUAUCGAAAAGGAAAAUAGAAGAAAAGAUGGCGAGUUUGUUAAUAAGCGCAACAAGCAUGAAAAGGUAGACUCAAUAAGCGAAAUUCCUGUUGUUCCUUACUUUUCUCUGGAUUACACGCAAGGUGAAACUGUUAUCAUCAUCGGCGGAGAGACGGAAGGUUUGAGCGAAGAAACUUUUCGGUUAGUCGAUGAUGCUCAGGGAAUUCGUGUUAAUGUACCAUUGAAUAAUGGCGUUGAGAGUUUGAAUAGUGGAAUGGCUUUGGGUGUUAUCGCGUUUGAAAUCAAAAGACAAUUUUUGAUUGCAGCGAAUAAGGUUAAAUAAAGAUUUUUUAUGCAUA